GAAACAAGUCAUUUGCAGGGGAGUAAAUCACGGAAAAGCCGUUUGAGAGCGCGACGGGGCUUACAGCGCAAACACCGGAAUUGUGAUGCGCACGAGCCCUUCCUUACCCUCUCCUUCUCUUUCCUCUUCUUUUUCUUCCUCUGGGCUGGAAAUUCUAUGGAAUCACUGUGAUUAUUGUUAUAUUAUUGUUGUUGUGGUGCUGGUUGUGGUUUUCACAUUUCCGGCUGCCGUCACCGUUACUCACACCGCAGCCGACUCGUCUGUUGCCGCCGUGAGGUGGAAAACACUACAACAACGGUCACCUACACCGGCGGCGGACCUGCCUCACUCUCCCUGCUCGCUGUCUGUGUGUGUCUGCGUGUGUGUGUGUGUGUCUGCCUCAAACCGUACCACAGAAGCAGCAGAAAAAAAGAAAACAGUUGAAAGCCACUGGUCUCUUCCUUCACCCUCACUCUGACUCUGCCGAGCCGAACACAAAUUAAAACAGAAAACAACACAAAAGAUGAGUUCAUAUUUCGUCAACUCGCUCUUCUCCAAAUAUAAAAGCGGGGACUCUUUACGUCCGAACUACUACGAGUGCGGGUUCGCGCAGGACCUGGCUGGCAGCCGGCCCACCGUGGUGUACGGCCCGAGCUCCGGCGCCACCUUCCAGCACGCUCCGCAAAUCCAGGACUUCUACCACCACACCGCCUCGACGCUGCCCAGCAACCCAUACCAGCAGAGCCCGUGCGCGGUCACAUGCCACGGUGAACCGGGGAACUUCUACGGAUACGACGCCUUGCAGCGGCAGACACUUUUCGGCGCCCAGGACGCGGAUCUGGUUCAGUACAGCGACUGUAAGCUGGGAGGCGCGCCCGGACUCGGGAGCGAGGACGCGGAGGGAACCGAGCAGAGUCCAUCGCCGACACAGCUCUUCCCUUGGAUGAGGCCGCAAGUAGCUGCGGGCAGGAGGCGGGGCCGCCAAACCUACAGUCGCUACCAGACCCUGGAGCUGGAGAAGGAGUUCCUGUUCAACCCCUACCUGACCCGGAAACGCCGUAUCGAGGUGUCGCACGCGCUGGCGCUGACGGAGCGGCAGGUGAAGAUCUGGUUCCAGAAUCGGAGGAUGAAGUGGAAGAAGGAGAACAACAAGGACAAGUUCCCCAGUAGCAAGAGCGAACAGGAGGCAGUGGAGAGGGAGAGGAGGGAGAAGGAGCUGCGGGAUGGCGGCAGCGGCGGAGGUGGCGGUGGUGCAGGAGGAGGAAGUGGAGAAGGAGGUGGUGGAGGAGGCUCGGUGGCGGGCACGGCGGGGUCACAGGCUUCUGUGAACGAUGAUUGCUGCGAGAAAAGCCACAAGCAAAUGUAGGGGGAGAAAGAAGAUGGGGUAGAUGGGGACAAGGUGGGUGUAAAUGUUAGGCAGGAUGGGGUGAGGGGUGGGCUGUUUUUGUCUUAACUGAGGCCACUGGACUCCCCUGCUGUCUCCACGAUUCAAUCGUUGGAAGGGAACUUGAGUUUCUAAAAAUGGUGACUGGCUAGCUAGAUGGACUUGAGAGGAAAAAAACAUGACAAUGAAGCAAGAAAACAUAGUCUACACUAGUGUUUAAAAUAAACGUAAAAAGAAGAAAAAAAAAGAUAGCUUUCUUUCUUUGUGGAACAAUUAUCGUGGAAACAUUUCUAUAUUGUUAGAAGUUAAUCAUUAACAAUUUUAUCUUUGGCAGCUGUAUAGUUUUUAAGUUAAAAUGAUGAUGAUGACGAUGAUGAUAAUGGUGCACUUUUUACUGUACUUCUCACUUCUAUGUUGUUGUUAUGGCAAUGAUUGAUGAUGAUGGUGAUGACGUAGCAAUUAAUGAAAUUUCCAACAACAUGAAACUGCCUAUUUAUGCCGUUUUAGUAGGUCGGGUCUCUUUUUUACACCCUCUAACUGUCGUUUUUUCCCUUUGUUUAUUUGUUUGUUUUGUUUUUUGAUUGGUGGUGUUUGUCUUAUGUUGUUUUCUCUUUGGGGAGGGGGGUUAAACGCAUGCGCGCAGUGCAGAUUCAAAAGCAAGAACAUUUAUAAGAAUAAAAAUGGGAAAAAUGUGAUAAACAGUCGAA